GUUAUCUCGCGUUUAUUCACGUAAACUGGAGCGCUCAUAGCGCUUAGUGAUUUUUGACUUUCUGCUUCGGCGAUCGAGGGAGGUCACGUCCAGGGAGAGACUCGAGGAUCGCGAUCCAGACAGGACUCGCGACCUGGAAGUCCUUCCUAAGUCCAUGCGGAAGCACGUGGCCUAACGUCAAGUACAGUUUGGAGGGAUGACCAAAGAUUGUGGAAUUUGCGGGAUUUAUCCCCGAUGGCUGCGAGAUCGUGCCACCUCGAGAAAUUUCAUCGCCGUGUACGGUCUUCUCGGCACCGUGCAGGCGAUGGCUUUCAUUUACAUCGUUGUCACCCUCACCACGCUGGAGAAAAGAUUCAAGAUACCUAGUCGUACAACUGGAUUAAUACUCUCCGGCAACGAGAUCUCGCAGAUUUUGUCAUUGAUACUGACCUAUUACGGCGGCUCGGGGCACCGUCCAAGAUGGAUCGCGAUCGGUGUCGGUCUCAGCGCAUUCUCCUGCCUCGUUCUCGCGCUUCCACAUUUCUUGUUCGGGCCCGGAAGGGACGCGAUGGCCUUGACGAAGGAACACCUCGAUCGAACACUCCUAAAUACCUCCACGAUCCCCGAGGACCUGGCAAUUUGUCCGCGCGUCGUCAAACCGCAGCUCUGCGACGAGGAGUCGAUGCUGGACGUCAGCAUUCUUCCACGACUUCUGGUCUUCCUCUCCCAGUUUAUCCUCGGAAUCGGCACCACCCUGUACUACGGCCUUGGACAGACAUAUCUGGACGACAACACCGAGAAGAAAAAUACUCCGAUGUUGCUAGGUUUUACAUUCGCUCUGAGAACAGUUGGUCCAGCGAUAGGAUUUUUAUUGGGUUACGGUUGUCUCAGUCUCUAUAUUGAUCCCAGUUUACAUCCUGUAAUCACCAAAAACGAUCCAAGAUGGUUAGGGGCUUGGUGGCUUGGCUGGAUUAUCCUCGGUGCCACGAUGGGCAUGUUUUCGAUCCUGAUUGCUAUGUUCCCACGACAUCUGCCGAAACCAAAGACCACUACCGCAAUUGACACUGCCAAACUGGAUGGUAGUAUACCAUUAAAGUUACACCUAACCGCGCAAGAGCAGUACAUGACACCGAUGGAGCCGCGGAAGUCGCUCGAGACCGAAUACAUUCCAACUAUGCGGGAAUUUCCGACAGCGAUGAAAAGGUUGUUGACAAACUGGCUGUUAACGUUCAACAACUUGAGCGGGGUGUUCUACGUGUUGGGCGCGUCAUCUUACAUUACGUUUUUGGCUAAGUACCUCGAGGUUCAGUAUAGUAAGUCUGCUGCCGGGGGUACCGUGAUCGCUGGUCCUAUAUCGCUGGUCGGUAUGGUACUGGGAUUUCUAUUCUCUGGAAUGGUAAUUAGCAGAUUCAAGCCUGGACCUAGGCCACUGCUCGCAUGGAACGUGUUUGUUGGCGUCUGCUUUGUCGCUGGCCAAAUACUCUUUAUAUUCCUUGGUUGUGCGGACGUUGACGUCAGAGGCCUCGAUUUUGACACUAUGCAAAUGAACCUGACAUCGAGUUGCAACGUCGGCUGCAACUGCGACGGCGUCAAGUAUUCCCCGGUUUGCCACGAGGCGUCGAGGACGACAUUUUUCUCGGCUUGUCACGCGGGUUGCCGGGCGAUAAUCAGCGACAAGGAGUUCGGGAAUUGCAGUUGCCUGCCGGCGACGAAUCCAUUGAACUUCGAGGACCAGCUCGACUAUACCACCGACAGCAAGUCGGCGAUGCUGAGUCAGCCGAUCUACCUGAACCAUCCUCACCCGAUCGGCUUCAACAAAGUCAGAGCGGGACCGUGCACGAGCGACUGCACUCGCCCGUAUCUUUUGUUCAUGGUCUUCACUUGCAUCAUACAGACGUUGGCGUGUUCCGGAAAGAUUGGUAACGUCCUGGUGAACUAUCGGAGCGUCGACAAGAAGGACAAGAGUUUCGCGCAGGGCAUCACUCUGAUGACGAUUUCUUUGUUCGCGCUGAUACCGGGUCCAAUCAUUUACGGAGCCAUCAUCGACUCCACUUGCUUGAUCUGGGAGGAGUCCUGCGGGACCAGAGGGAACUGCUGGUUCCAUCAUAGACGUAACUUCCGGUAUCUGGUUAACGUCACGUCCGCGGGCUUCUCGACGAUAGGAGUGCUGUUCGAUGCAGCUGUCUGCUACCUCGGAAAAGAUUUGGAUCUUUAUGGGGCCGAGGAGACGGACAAACGUCGCGAGUUUAUCAAGGAUGAUUCCGCGCCGUCAAUCGUCGACGGCGGAAAGAAGAAAGAGAUAAACGGAAAUGUAAAUUAGAGAAGUGGAACGCAUUCCCGUUUGUAACGAUUAUAACUCGAAAACAUUGAGAUAUUGACGUAAGGAGGCUUGAGUUUCAGAUCAAAAUGGAGACUACGCUAGAACCGUUCGGUACCUGAGUUCUCGAACCUUCCAUGACCGUGAACCGAUUCAGAGAAGAGUGCAAAUAGGAAAGAUGAUUAUUUCGUUUUAAGUACAUUCCAUAUACUCUGUCUAAUUGUUGAAUAGUAAUUAAUUGUUACGUAACCAAGGAACCAGUCGCAAUUGGACGAAAUGCUUUAUACUCCGAGUCUUUGCAACAUUUGUACGCCUGUACAGCGUUACUCCUGCCUGUUUGUAAAUAAAACAUGAAUUUUUAACAAAUACACAA